AGAAGGAGGAGGAGGAAAGAAAGAACCUACUUUUUUGUGGAGAAAGGAUGGGGCAAGAACAAGGUUGAUGACAAGGAAAUCAGGUAAGAAGCUACUUGCAAUAAUGGGGACAAAAGGAGACAGCGGUCUGAAUUGGAAAUUGGCAGUGAAGAUGAAAAGCAGUGGACUCAUUCAGAAAUAGCAACAAGACUUGGUGACUGACGGAAUGUCAGAAGAAAAGUAAAAAAAAAAAUCCUUGAUUUUCAGUCUCAGCAGUGAGUGGAUGUCUGUCAUUCUAGCUCUAGGGACAGCAUCACCUCUAAACAUUAAGCCUAUUAGGCUUUCUGGGUCCAGCUACCCAAGUCAUGCUGUUGGUGACAUCAGCACAUGCAUGCACAUAUCUUCACAAAGGUAGAUGAUGUGAGGGCAGUUACCUAUGAUCUCAUCCUUCAUUGCUGCAGUAUUGGCUUUGUCUGUCCAUGAAGAGGCAGUUGGGUUGUGUCUCUCAGACCAUGACCAUGUGUCCAUGGUGAUGUGUAUGCCUUUGUUUGGGAAACAAGAGAUCAGGUUUGGAGACAUCUUUAAUGAACAUGGAACAGCCACAUAAGAAUUUCUGUGUCUCUCUGAGAUUAUCAAACAAAUCAAUGUAUUCACCAUCAAGUUACUCAUCGAUACUACAGAGACAGAACCUUGCCUGUUUCCUCAGAAACCCACACUAUGGCAGCCUUAUUAAUGCUGAUGGUCAUGGUGAAGUGUGGACAGACUGGAAUAACAUGUCCAAGUUUUUUCAGUACGGGUGGAGAUGUAGCACUAAUGAGAACUCAUAUUCGAACUGUACUUUGAUAGGCAACUGGAACCAGGAAAGAUACGACAUAAAGAAUAUUGUAAAACCUAAGCCCCUGCCUUCCCAGGAUUUAAGCGAGAGGCUCAUUGGUUCCCUGGCCAUCAGCCUGAGCUGGAUCCUCCUCACUUCAAAUGCACAGAAAAGUCAACUGUUAUGAAUAGCUACUCAAAGCCUCAACCCAGUCACUACUCUUGGUGCGUGUGUGAUCCAAACAUGGAGCAAGCUUUGGGCCCCAGAAUCUGAGAGAAGCAGCAGCAGCUUUUUUUCUGAAGCAGACUGUAGAAAGGAACACGAUUUAAGCAGACUCAAACUUCACUCUCAACGUGGUUUCUGUCUAAAUAAAGCACAAGGCACCAAAAAACAACAAAAAAAUCUCUA